ACAGAGUACCUACAGAGGUAGAUACUGCUGCGGUGCUGCCCCCUAUUCUAAAUUGUUUAAUUAACUCUUGUUCCAUUCAAUUUAUUGUGUUAAGUCUAAACUACUAUUUGGUCGUUCUACGUUGUAACAUUACUUUUUAAUAAUUGUAAUUUUUCUGAAAACAGAAAAUGUCUAGUGACAACGGCUUUAACAAUGAUGACUCUCCCAAUAAAACUUUAACUCAUCUCCAGCUUCCCAGCCCCAUAAUAACAAGGAGAAACCGAACCGCUUCAACGUCUGAGAGAGCUCUUCAAAAUCCUAUCGAAUACGGAAAGAUAAAAUCUUUUUGUCGCGAAAGAGGUCACGGGUUUGUUACUCCUGUAAAAGGCGGUGAAGAUCUUUUUGUACAUAUUUCUGAUAUUGAAGGAGAAUUUGUACCUUUACCUGGAGAUGAAGUAACAUACAGACUCUGCCCGAUUCCUCCUAAGUUCGAGAAAUACCAAGCCGUUCAUGUAAGAAUUAUACAACUUGUAAAAGAGAAGCACUUGAAGUGGAAUGAACCCCCACUGUAAAACGAUUUUAGUAUUAUGAUGCAAAUUCUUACUUAAUCUUUAGUAUCUGUUGCAUCCCUUCUAUUCAUCUCUUUAAGACUCCUAGUCCUCAAUAGACAUUGUAUCAAGUCCAAAAACAAUAUGUCCAACAAACUUGUUAUUGAACGUUUAUAUAUAAUGUAAACAGUAUUUCAAAAGUGAAAUGUUAUUGUGGUGCUAAAUUUUUGAAGGAUUUACCAUCUUGUAAGUUUUUAAUACCAAUCUUAGUUACUUUAGUAAUAAAUUGGUAAAUGCUUGUUGCACAAAUUAAAAUAUAACGUUCAAUGCUAUAGCUAAGUACUUAAAUGGCCUAAUUAUACAACAGCAGGAACAGAGUUCUUGAUUAUAAUUUUAUAACAAAACAAAAUAAUUAGCACAAAUAAAAUUUAUAUUUUAUUUAACUGUAAGUAAUGUGUAAUUAUUUUUGUAUUUCAAAUGUAUUGUAUCUAUAAGUUUCAUUACCAUUAGAAUAUGCAUUUCAACGAAUAAUUUAACAAUACAACGGUAUUAUAAAUGAAGAUUCAUGGGUUUUUAUGUGUGUAAUACUUUACACGACUAUAUUAAGUGUAGUAGCAGUAUGCCAUGCUUGUCUUGUUUAUUUUAUGAUAGUUAAUAUAUAUGUAUAUAGAUAAGCAAA